AUGCCGGCUGAUCUAGACUCGACGAUCAAGAAGCUGUCAAAGGAGGAGAAGGCGGCCAAGAAGGCGGCCAAGGCAGGCAAAUAUGGCGCUCAGCAGGUGGCGCAGAAGAAGAAGCUCGCAAAAAAAGCCGCCAAGGCCGCCAAGGCCGCCGCGGCUCCGGCCGACGUCGAUGCAGCGGUGCAGCCCGAGGCAGCCGCCGCCACCGACAGCGGUUUCAAAGCCGCUACUUUCGUGCUGCCGCCCGAUCCCGAGGAUGAGACCCUUCAGUGUCGAGACUGCGGGAAUGACUUCAUCUUCACGGUCGGCGAGCAGCUUUUUUUCAAGACAAAGGGCUUCGACUUCAAGAAAAGUCGCUGCGGCGGCUGCCAGGCGGCCAAGAAGGCGCGCUUUAGCGAGGAAAGCGGCAAAGGCGGGGGGAAGGGGAAGGGGAGGGGUAAGGUGCCAGUGGCCGCGUGA